GACAGUUUUGACAAACUGCAAUUGGUUUGAAUGAAAUUAUCUGUAGAUUAUCAUUCGAUAUAAUUGUUAAAAAUGCAUUGCAAGGAAAUAAAAUUAACCGACAUAUGGCGCACCUGCAACAAAAUAAGGGCUGCCGUCUUUCGUACAAAUUUAAACCUUUGGGAAUAUUUCUGCCCACUUGACCCCAAUAAAAAUUCCAUCAUUUCGGAAUCCCAAUUUAUUUCCGUAUUUUCUGGACACUUGCAAGCAAUCAUUGGUUUAUCGGAUCAAGAAAUUUCAGAAUUAGCUGACUACUUCCGGAUACAAGAUGGCCGAAUUUUUUAUACUCAACUGUGUGAAGUUAUUUACGACAGCGUUCCGGAUUUUUCGCAAAAUGCCCCCUUGAUAAGUGGUCUUGAAUGGGCUGAUCCUAUGCACGUCAACAGAUUAAGUUUGAGCGAAGAACGGAGGCUGAAUCUUUUGUUAACUAAGAUUGCGUGUGUCGUGAAUAUGAGAAAUUUGUUGUUGAUGCCGUAUUUCCAAGAUUAUGAACUCAUUUCAAAAAAUAAUGGAACUGUGACAAUAGGGCAUUUUGCCAGAGUUUUAAAUUAUUUAAAAAUUUUAGUUUCUCCUGAUGAUUUUAACUUGUUGUUGAAGAAGUAUUUGAAGGACAGUUAUACUGUUAACUACAUCGCAUUUAUUGCAGCUAUAGACGAGAUAGUUAAGUAUCUCGAUAAGCAUGGAGUCAUGGAUUUAAGCGGCGACGUCCUAAGCCUCUUUCCUGGACGGAUAAUUAACGCUGAACUACCGAAACUGCCAAGGCCCGAAAUGGGCAAACUUUUGGCUUCUAGUAUCUUCGGCAAACAAAGCAUAUUUCAUUCUUCUUUGACCGAACCGAAACAAACUCAAGACCUUCUAACCACUAUUAAACGUAUUCAGCGACACGUUUUAGAAAACAGAUUACGAGUUGAAGAAUUUUUUAAGGAUUUUGAUGCGCUAAACAGCGGACGUUUAACAGUGUCUCAGUUUCACCGUGGGCUCGAUAUUCUUGGUAUCAGUGGUAUCCAAAGAUUGUAUCUUUCAUUACCAGAAAUAGAAGCUAUUAUGAUUCAAUAUCAAGAUCCAUGCGAUCCUACUAGAGUUUGUUGGAAGACUUUUGAGGAUGACAUUAAUCAAGUAUUCACCACAAAGGAGCUAGAAAAAUAUCCUUGCUUGGAAUUGGAUGUUCCUCCUUUAGAUGUUAUUGAAUUGCCACGAAUGGGUGGUAAAGACUGGCAAAAAGUUAAUACAGUUCAGAGAGAGCUGUGUGAAGAAGCUGUUGAUAAAGUGAAGAAAAGAGUUACGAAUAGACGCAUCGUGUUAAAACCUUCAUUUAGAGAUUACGACAAGCAUAAUAAUGGAUACGUGUCAAGAGCUCAAAUGCGUCAGUCUUUAUUAUCAAACGGAAUUUUGUUGUCAGAUGAAGAACUUUAUGCUUUGGAAGAAAGAUUUAACAACGAAGUUGGAUUCAACUAUUUCUGGUUCUUGAAAGAAGUAGAACCUAGUAGUUGUGAGCAGAGGUGUCCUGGUGCCAUUCACCAUGAAGUGUGUGGUAAAGAAUAUAUAAAGAAACCAAUUCCGAGAGCUGAACAAGAUAUUGUUAGAAUUCUGGCAAAAAUAAAGGGUAAAGUGGUAAAAGAAAGAAUCCGAGUGAUGGAGUUCUUGAGAGAUUUCGACAAAUGCAACCAACAAGUAAUAUCUCGUGAAGACUUCGCAAGAGGAUUGUCGGUUUGUAGAUUUGAUCUUACAGAAAACGAGAUGAAAACUUUGAUGGAAGUAUUCGCGUCACCACUUAGACGAGAAUGCGUCGACUACAGACGAUUCUCGGACGUAGUAGAAGAAGCCUUCACCCAGUUAAGUCUAGAAAGAGCACCUCUGAUCGUGCCACUCCAGCAUCUACCCAUCAAAGACGGCGAAAGAAACUUCCUCAACUUCGACGAGAGGAGAACUCUUUCUUGUGCCAUGAGAAAAUUGUCAAAGAAACCCGAGAUGGAACUAAACCUGAUGUCGAUAUUCCAGGAUUAUGACAAGACGAACUGUGGAACGGUUUCUGCUGAACAUUUCGAAAGGGCUUUGUCGCUUAGAGGACUCUUGAGCAUUAUUUCAAGAGAAGAAUUCGAUGCAGUUUGCAAAUGUUUCAGUUACGAGAGGGGAAUGAGGGAUGAAGUUGAUUACAGGGCGUUCGUUAAAGGCCUUAAUAUAAUGAAUAACAUCAACAAGUAUAAACCAUUCUAAAAAUUGUCAACAUGAUGUGUUAAAUAUAUGUGUUUGUUAAAAGAGAAA